GCGGAAGACGACGAAGCCAGCGACAACUUCCUCAACUUUUGAUCUUUGAUACGACAAACAGCGUCCUUAGGCGUCGCGCCGCAAUAUACUCGAUUCCAAUGUUUUAGGAUGAAUUUGUGAAUUUGCUUCUUUCCUGUCCAUAACUAAGCGCCACAUUCACCGAUAUUAUUACCCCUCUGUCAAGAUGCCUGGUCGAGUUUCCGCCCGUUCGACGUCUACUACCACCCGUAGACCUUCCACGCAAGCUUCAGCUUCGGUUGGUCGUGCUGGCUCUGCGACACCGUCCUUUGCAAUUCCGGAGGAGCCUGGGUUGCCUGAAGCCGUUCCCAACUUGCGCCGCGAUGUGUGCGCUAUUUUCGCAGACGCUCAACGCUCCACGACAGGGCAUCGCAAACUUGUGGUGCGACUGAGGAAAAUACAAGAGGCCUGCUGUGGUAUCCCCCAGAAAUCGAACAAAAAAGAAGACAAAAAUACCCAAGCGCAAAGGGAGCGCUUGACUCCAAGUGAAGAGACAGUUCCCGAGAGAGAGUUCAAUGUGGAAGUUGGGCGUUGCAUGCUACGAAUCCUCACAAUUAAGAAGACCGAGCCGGUUGGAGACCGUGUUUUGCGCUUCCUUGGAAACUUUUUGACGCAUGCAUCGGAGAAAGAUACCGAGAUUUUUAAUUUGGAAAACGAUGAUGACAUACAUAACACCCACGAGACACCCACCGCGCACUUGACGACAAGUAUUGUGACACUCAUAGUGCCUCUUUUAUCAGCAAAAGACAAGAUCGUCCGAUUCCGAUGCACACAGAUUAUCGCGCAUGUCGUCAAUUCUCUGGAUACCAUUGACGAUGACCUAUACCAUACCCUUCGACAGGGCCUCCUAAAGCGGAUCCGAGACAAGGAACCCUCUGUGAGGGUACAGGCAGUCAUGGGCCUUGGCAGAUUGGCCGGAAAUGAAGAGGAUGAGGAUGGAAAUGACGAUAGCUCUGCUGCCCUUGUGGACAAGCUGGUUGAGAUAAUGCAAAACGACACGAGCGCGGAAGUGAGAAGAACACUGCUUCUCAAUCUGCCUAUAAUUCCUGCCACUCUUCCCUAUCUUCUUGAACGUGCUCGUGAUCUUGAUGCACCAACACGACGGGCUUUAUACUCUCGCCUACUCCCUACCCUCGGAGAUUUCCGGCAUCUGUCUCUGUCCAUGAGAGAAAAACUCUUGAGAUGGGGGCUACGUGACCGUGAUGAAAGUGUGGCGAAGGCCACUGGGAAGCUGUUUUACGACCGUUGGGUGGAGGAUUGUGCUGGAACAAACAGCGAUCCCGAAAAGAGUGGUCAACGCUCGCCGCCAAAUAUCCCCGCCCUCCUAGAGCUUCUUGAGCGAAUUGACGUAGUCAACUCGGGCAUGGAGUCUGGAAUUGCACAUGAAGCUAUGCGUAGUUUCUGGAAUGGCCGUGCAGAUUACCGCGAAGCCGUUGUCUUCGACGAACCAUUCUGGGAGACUCUCACAGCAGAAUCCGCCUUCCUUCUGCGAUCUUUCAACAACUUCUGCCGCGUUGAGAACGAGGGAAAAUAUGAGAAUUUAGCUGAGGAGAAAAUCCCUGUCGUUACGGCACUGGCAUUUUAUCUUCACAAAUACAUGACGGAGCUUCUAAAACGAAAAAAGGCUGCAAAAGAAAUGCCCGAUGCUAACGAGGACGAUUGCGUUGAGAUUGAGUUCAUUGUUGAGCAAUUGCUACAUAUUGCAAUGACUCUUGAUUACAGUGACGAGGUGGGCCGACGAAAGAUGUUCUCUCUCCUCCGAGAGUCGCUCGCUGUCCCAGAACUACCCGAAGAAUGUACCAAGCUCACUGUUGAAACCCUGCGAUGUGUUUGUGGGCCAGAUUCUGCUGCCGAGAACGAAUUUUGCAGCGUUGUCUUGGAAGCUAUUGCUGAAGUCCACGAUACUAUUACCACAGAAGAUAGCUUCGUGUCUGCAAAGUCUGAAAUAAGCGAUGAUACCAACAGCCGCCAUCGAUCUGAAACCCCAAUGAGCGAGGAAGAAAAACCGUUCAACAAAGAGGAAGCGAAGGCGAAGGUCCUCCGCGAAAUCGUGGUCAACAUGAAAUGUCUUCACAUUGCUCUUUGUAUGUUGCAAAAUGUUGAAGGCAACCUCCAGGCCAACAUGAACCUGGUUACUAUGCUUAAUAACCUCGUUGUUCCUGCUGUCCGGAGUCAUGAAGCUCCAAUUCGAGAAAAAGGUCUAGAAUGCCUUGGCCUUUGUUGCUUGCUUGAUAAAACUUUGGCUGAAGAAAACAUGACGCUCUUCAUCCACUGCUACAGUAAGGGCCAUGAAGCCCUGCAAGUCACUGCUCUUCAUAUCCUGUGUGAUAUGCUCACGAGUCAUCCCACGUUGCUGGCCCCUGUGACGCAGUCUGACAAGGAAACCGUGUCCCCUCCUCCGUUCCAGAAGCCAUUGCUCAAGGUCUUUGCUAGAGCGCUCAAAGCAAGCUCGCCACACACCGUUCAAACUGCUGCUGCCACGGCCCUUUCCAAACUCUUGCUCACAGGGGCAUUUACCCCAUCUGGGACUAAUAUCCCCCCAGUCAUUCAGGAGUUCAACCAAAACGCCAUAGAGACAUUACUCCAGUCACUGGUCGUUUCCUUUUUCCACCCCCGUACCCGCGAAAAUCCUGCUCUCAGGCAGUCCUUAGCCUAUUUCUUCCCCGUGUACUCCCACUCCCGACCCUUGAACACACAACAUAUGCGGAAGAUUACCGUACCAGUUGUUCGGGCUAUUCUAAAUGCGGCAGAAGAAUACUAUUCACUCGAAGCCGAGGAAGAUAGUGAUGGCGAGAUUGAUGAGAGCGUCGGCCAGCGGGAGCUGAAAUUGCUAAUGAGUGGAGUUUUGGGUAUGCUCUCAGAAUGGACCGAUGAGCGCCGGGUGAUUGGACUUGGGGGGGAGAGGCUUCUGGCAGGCGGUCCUCCCAGCUCCAAUGCAUGCGGAUUUAUCCAUCUAGAGUUGAUCAAGGACAUCCUGGAGCGCGUUCUAGGGAUUAGCAGUGGCUCUAACCGCUGCUCUAAGGAGGAGAAGAAGCUUCUGUUCUCCCUCAUGAGUAAACUCUAUGUAGCCCCUCCAACCGCACCGUCCCGCUCGGCAUCCCAUAAUCCGGAAAACGACGAUCCGUUCCGCUCCAGCAUUCGAAGUGCCCAGGGAGAAAUCACGCAGGAGAACGCGUCCUUGGCUCAAGAGGUCAAAGAGCUGUUGGACCAGACCAUCGAGGAAGGCAUUGCAAUCGACGCUUCCGGCCGAAAUACCCUUGUUAAAGUCAAAAAUGUUAUACUCAAGCUACUAGCAGUAGCCCAGGGCUCUCGGCAUGCCAGCGCUAGGGUCCGGGAAGGCACCGCAGAGACCGAAAGCGAUAUGAUGAGUGUCCGUUCUGCGAGCGUGCGGUCCCGCAGUGUACGGCCUUCUGUUGAGCCAGGCACCUUCCGUCGGGGGUUCUCUGUUGAGCCUAGCAUCAUGGAAGAGGACGAGGAUAGUCGGAUGACUUUUAUCAAGUCUGAGGCCAUUGAGGAAGAGUAAUUUAUACUGCUUUCUAUGUCUUGUUUUGAUUCCAGGCGUUGGUAACAGGCUGGUUUUGUGGGCUGAACGACUGGGUAUGUCUGGGCUGGCUGGGUUGCAAUGUAAUUACUUGGUUGUUUGGUUAUGAUUGGAAAUGAUGACUUUCUCAGAGUGCAGUCUAUGGAUUCUUUCUGUAAAGAGCAGCGGAUGCUUCAUGAUAUAAUUUUGUUGAACUCGAGGCGUUUAUUAUACCAUUAACUGGCAAACCCUGGCAAAGCAACCCAUCAUGACAGAUAUUCAUCUUACAGUUUUCGUAGGUAAAUGAAGUAAACUGAC